GGUCGAGUGCAACAACUGGAAAAAUGAAGAUGGCGGACGGUACGAUAAUGCACAGAAGAAACAGGCCCGGAACAAAAGCAAAGGAUUUCAGCAGAUGGCCGGAUGAGCCUUUGGAAGAAAUGGACAGCACCUUGGCGGUGCAACAAUAUAUUCAACAAAUGAUUCGCCGUGAUCCGUCAAAUAUUGAUAUGAUUUUGAAUAUACCCGAUGCCCAAGACGAAGGUGUAUGGAAGUACGAGCAUCUUAGACAAUUCUGUAUGGAGCUAAAUGGUUUGGCAGUCAGAUUACAGGAAGAGUGUCACCCGGAGACUUGUACCCAAAUGACUGCUACGGAACAGUGGAUCUUUCUUUGUGCUGCUCAUAAGACACCCAAAGAAUGUCCAGCCAUUGACUAUACCCGGCAUACUCUCGAUGGAGCUGCCUGCUUACUUAACAGUAACAAAUAUUUUCCUAGCAGGGUGAGCAUUAAAGAUUCUUCAGUGGCAAAACUUGGAUCGGUUUGCCGCAGAGUCUACAGAAUUUUCUCACAUGCAUAUUAUCAUCAUAGGACAAUAUUCGAUGAAUUAGAAAACAAGACUUUCCUCUGUCACAGGUUUACAGCAUUUGUUACAAAGUACAACUUGAUGUCUAAGGAUAAUUUAAUAGUGCCCAUUAUGGAGGGAAGUGGGGCAACGGAAAGUGAAGCGUAGGGCUCAUCAGUCCGUUACCUUUGUUUGCAACCCAAUUGUCAGAUUUAACAAUACGUACUGUUAAAUCGAAAGUUCUUUAAUUUUCCCCGUAGUGCUUUCGCUCAUAGCGAGAGUGUCGGAGGAAUGGGAAGUUGAAAUGUCACUUGGACACUUUUAAAAAUUUCAAGUAUGUGUAAACUAUUACUCUGACUUAACAGUCCUGAUGUGAAUGUAAUUCGCAAGGAACAGACGAUCGAGUAGAUCUGCCUGAUUUGAAACAUUGAAAUACCGAUCCACUUCCAUGAAAACUUCAGAAGAAUUUCAAUUUUGGAAAACUGUACUUUUAACAAAAUGCAAGUGUACUUUAAGACUUUACAUCAAUGUUGUAACAACUAAAUGAUCGAUAAUAGUCUUGAGAUCGCUUUGAGGCCCACGUAUAAUUAAACAAAUUUUGUAUUUAAAAGUAGAAAGUUAGUAUAUCUAUGUUAUAGAUUCAUUUCUAACCCGUGAAGAACAGUUUAGCUCGUAUGGGGUAUACCCUACGUAUCGGACAUUUAAGAUAGGCUAUCUGACAAAAUAAUUUUACAGGACGAGUACUUUUAACACCUACCAUCUAUUGUUUAUAGAUAUCAUCGAUAACAAGUAAUGACAGGAGUAGUCAUGUUUCCAUUUGACAAAUGCUUUCACUAUGAGUGCUUUUAAGAUUUUGGAACAUUAUUUAUUACUCACAAAUUUAUGUAGUCUUUAUCAGAUGUCAGUUAACAAUUUUAUUUAUUUAAAAACGCAAGUAUCUCUCGUUUGCUCAAAUGAAAUUUACUGCAGGUUAUUUUCUCCGUAAAAGCAUAUACUAUCGCAAAUGUCCAUAAAAACAAGUAGUAUUAUUGCCAGUAAUGGAACAUUUUCCUAAUUAUCGUGAACCAGAACGUUUAAUUUUAUUAAUACUUUAUGUAACGUAACAACCUCAAAACGCUCAGUUCCUCUACGCUCCGAAACGAACACGUCUUAUAAAUUAGUUGAGAACUUUUUGAAACCUUUUACGCCGUCGAGUUUUUUAAAACAUUUGAUAUGCCGAGAAGAAUGUCUGGUAAUAAUAACCAAAACCGUUACAAUAAACCGAGUACUGUCAGUUGGAAAGCGCAAGAUUGCUUAAGGUGCGGUCAGUGCUGAUAGUUUAGUGAUAAAUGUCAUACAACAUUUAGAGACAACGCGUUAGCCUUCUAUGCCCGCGAAUCGGGAAGACUAGUACCCUUCUUACUCUGGAUGACGUCCAGGCAAGGAUGUACGUAAAAUUAGGAUAAGAGCGACAUGGUAAAAUGCAAGUAGAUCUUCGCAAGGUGAACAGCGAGUUCACCUGUUUGGAGUAGCGAAACUUUUAUACGACGUUUCGGAACAUUCAUGACAUUUCGACGCAGCCUCUGAUCAGCAGGCAAUCCAAAAAUGCACCGCAUUGAGAAACAUUCCGCCUUCUCGGCAGCCCUAAAAAGUGCGAACAUAUGAAAAUUAGUAUACAAGACAAGGAAAAAGAAAAUGGUCAGUUAGUAGAGAAUCUCGUUCGUCCUUGAGGAUGUGGUAAUGUUUUCUAAUGUGCAUGCCGAGCGAAGCAAUAUCAGUGCCGGAUUGUUGUCUCAUAUCACUGCCGAAUAUUGAACUCCGGUAAAGUCCAGGAUCUAUUGUAACGAUCGAGUGAACACCCCGCACAUUGUUCCGCAUCAUUAUAAUCUUUAAUCAUUUCCUUUCCCGCAAACUACGGUCCGCAAGAUUCCAACGCUUUGUCGCUUGCAAAGGUCUCGCAACUCCGUGACUUAUUGUCGAGGAUAAUCCGCUACGUGUACAUACGAUCUGUAAAUACUACGGAGAAAAGGGAAACUACGCGAAACUGAAUUGAUUAUGUAGGAGCGAUUCUGCGAAGGUGACAAAAGUGAAACUGACAAAUGGCAGGAAUGUACCCCGCGUGACCACUUCCGUAACGAUACUCGAUGUAUUAAUAAAAAUCCAAUUUAUACCGAAGGCUGGUACUUCAAUUCUGCGACUAGAAUUAUUUGAUUUCUUGAGGAUCUUUUGUCAGUCUCCAUUUUCGAUUUUGCUUUACGUUUCACCCUAUACCGGUCUAUCUUGGGGGACAAUCGUC